CAGCGCCAGUUGCUGAUUAUUGCCCUCUACUCAUUAAAAUUCUUGACUUAAAUGAUCUUUUCCCUUUCCACACGUAUCCGAAUAACAACAUUGUUUUCAUCACAAACUCUAGCACUCCUUGUUCUUGCAAGAAACUUCUGAGCAAAAUAUUACCAUGAUCUCUGAAGAUUUCAGCUUCCCCAAGAUUGCAAAACCUAUUCCUCAACAGUUCAUGUUUUCACCAUCUUUGUGGCGUGUAUCAUCCAUAAUUUAUCCGGAUAAUGCUGUAGAUGAAGAAUUAGGGGAUAAAAGAGAAGUAGAAUUUCCAAGAAAGAGCUUCUCGGAGAAAGACAUUGAGGAGAAAAUGGACAUGUUGUGGGAGGAUUUUAAUGAAGAACUAAAAAGGGCUUCUUCCUUGGGCAGCAACAAAGGGAUGAAAAGGUUGUCCGGUAGCCGGGAAAAGGGCUCGGAAUCUAGUAGAGAGUCGACGGAGGAGCUUUACUGUCCGCAGGGUUUGAGGGUGUGCAAAGUUGGUUCUGAAAGUACAACCGGCGGACCUGUAUGCCACAGAAGAGUUGGCAACAAUGGCAUGGUGGUGAUGAAGGUUUUGAGGAAGUUCUUUCUGCUACAUAGCUUGGUCCGGAUCAAGAAGAAGUAGAUGUGGUAGUGAUCCUAUUAUAUUUGAUUCAUGCUAUUUAUUUUCAAGCAUGAGUAUGUGAUUUUUAGGUGAAAUUAAUGAAUGACUUCUUAGUGA